AUGAGGGUGUCUGUGUUGGAUCCAAAGACAGCUAGGUCUUUGACUGCAAGUUGUGUGCUUGACUUCUCCAGCACCAAUUCCCUUGGACCAGGAUGGGUAUUGGGGCUGAAGCAUCAGUGCCAGGUCCAGGGGACCUGGCUUGAAUCCGAGGUUGUCAACACCAUCCCUGUCUCUUGGGGACUCGGUGUUGGACAGCUUGGAUCUGACUCCCCCUUCGUAAGGGAUCUGGGCAGCGUCAAGGUGUGGUGGUAUCUGGAGCUUCGUGCUAGUGCGGCCAGCUACGGUUUCUCCCAAACCUUCUGCUUUUCAGGUGGUGGAGAGGGUCUUCUGUCGUCCAAGAAAUAUACAGCUACUCUUUCAUCUUCGGCUCUUACACCUCUUCCGCCAUUGAGUUUGGGCUCCGAGCCUCACAGACCUAUCACACAGGGACAGCCAGCCUUAUCAAGUGUUCAAACAGUCCCCCUCAAGGACGCCCGACUUGACAUCACUCCAGAACAUCCCACUGAGGAUAUUCCCCAUAAGAAAACAUGUAAGAGGAGGCACAUAACCUUCCCUCAGGAGUCUGGCACUGACUUCAAUGAAGGAAAGGGGUCCCCAAGGUCUCCACCAGAUGACCUCUACUUUGGAGACAUAUUAGAAAUCCUCAGGCAGAAAAAUAUCAAUGAAUGUGAUGGCAAAAACGUCUGUAGCCAGGUGUGUAUUAAUACAGUUGGAAGUUUCGGCUGUGGGUGCUUCACUGGUUACUCCUUAAACCCAGCUGAUACAACAUCUUGCAGUGACAUCAAUGAAUGUUCUACCAGAAAUGGUGGCUGCAGCCAACUUUGUGUUAACAGUCCUGGAAGUUAUGCUUGUGACUGUAACUAUGGCUAUACAGUAAAUAUUGCGAAUAAGUCAAAGUGUGAUGAUGUGAAUGAAUGCCUCAAUAACCCUUGUAACCAUGGUAGUACCUGUACAAACACUCCCGGGUCCUACAGCUGUACCUGUGCACCAGGAUGGACUGGGCAGGGCUGUUUCACAGAUAUAGAUGAAUGUAAAUCAUCACCUUGUAUGAAAGGCUCGUGUAUAAACACUGUUGGCUCUUUCCAAUGUAAUUGCAGACCUGGAUGGACUGGUACUCUCUGCAACAAAGAUAUCAAUGAGUGCUUGAGCAGCCCUUGUCUCAAUGGAGCAACUUGCCAAGAUCUAGAAAAUGCAUUUGCAUGUGUUUGCAGAUCAGGAUAUACUGGACUCUUCUGUCAGACAGUGAUUGACAACUGUGCCAGUGGUCCAUGUCAACAUGGUGGAGUCUGUGUUAAUUCUGUUAAUUACUAUACUUGUCGCUGCCCACAAAAUUGGAAAGGCAACAACUGUGAACAAGAUGUUGAUGAAUGUUCUACUGGUCUAAGUGCCUGUGAUCUAAAUGCCGUUUGUACCAAUACACAAGGAUUUUACAUCUGUACCUGCAAAAAGGGAUAUGAAGGCAAUGGAUUUAUCUGCAGAGAGAAACGUCUGUAUGACUAUGGUCCAUCAUUCGGAGAUCUAAGAGCAACAAUAAGAACAAAGGACUUUGUUUCUCCAAUAAUAGAGAUGCCAAUGGGAUUUCCAUUUGAUACCACAUUUUAUUAUAAAUGUUAUUUUACAGACAAUGGAUUAAUUGUUUUUCAACAAAAUGAGUAUGAGUAUCAAUACUCGUAUCCUUAUCCUUACUCUCAGUUUGACAAGUACUACUUUUACUACUAUUAUUACAACACCAUCUACUACUCAACUCCUAUGAUUGCUGCCUUCUGGGCUGAUGCUGAUUUAAGCAUAUAUGGUGAAGUCUACUACCAGGUGUACAACUUCAAUGUACGAAUAACUGAUAAUGCACAAACUUUCAAGAAUGCCAUUGAAAAUGCUGUAAAAACAUAUUAUGGAUCACAGAUUGGUAGUCAGUUUACAGCCACCUGGGCACUCAAAAUCACCUGGGAAAAUGUCCUACCGUAUACUUACUACAGUGCAGUUGAUACUUCAUAUACCAACACUUACCAAGCAGUACUUGUGACAGACGGUGUCUAUUCAUUCUGUCUGAUGCAAUUCAAAGAUGGGGGAAUGAACUGGAGGUAUCAAUCUCUUCCGUCAUACUACAGACCACUCAUGGGCUAUAACAGUGGGCAGUACCCAUUUACCAACUCUUACACGCUGACAGAGAUGUUCCCAACAUUUAAUGAUCCACUGACACGCUACUCUACAAGUGACUAUCAAAGAUACCAUCCAGAUCAAUAUACAGGAUACAAUACACAGAAAAAAGGACUAUGGGCAUAUCGUUUAGAGCGAAACACUAGAAACACAAUAAAUCCAAGGCAAAAGUGCUUGAACUGGUAUUACAAUGAGCCCUAUCCAUAUUGGUAUUACUAUACUCCGCCAUGCCCUUGCAGUUACUGGCAAGCUAUUUGGGAUCCAUCAUAUACCUGGGGAAACCAAAUUAAAUACGUGUAUGGUUUUGCAGUGAAAAAGCCAAAUGAAUAUUAUAUAACGAUGCAGAACAAUUUUCAGAAUUGGUAUGGAGGUGGUGUAAGAUGCUACUACAGCUGGAAUGGGGCUUUGCUUUAUGGAGAAAAAGAGAGGUUCAGCCCACUUCCAUGGACAUAUACAAACUUUUGGUAUUUCUGGUUUUACUGGUGGUAUCAAAGUUGGUGGUAUAACUACUGGUAUGUUACAGUACCUGGUCUAGGAAGACAGUACAAAGAAAAUGAAGUUGAUCCAUACAAUGCAUGUUGUGAAGAUUCUCGUUCAAGUUACUUUUGCAAUCUAUACCGUCAAAAAAGACCAUUGGACUACUGUUGGGGAUAUGUGCCACCUCGAUUUGGGUGGUUUUUUGGAGAUCCACACAUUACCACUCUGGAUAAUGUUGCCUACACUUUCAAUGGCCUUGGUGAAUACAUUCUGGUGAAUGUAAAGAACAGUAGUGAACUGCUCUUCACACUGCAGGGUCGAACAGCCAGAGCUGGAAGAAAUGCAACUUCUGCUGCCACAAAUUUUGUAGCCCUGGCUGCAUAUUUACAAAAUGGAAUACCGAUUCAGUGGAAUCUUUAUAAGGAAAAUUCAACCACUCUUAUAGUUAAUGGCACGGAGAUUACAAUUUCAGCUGGUAAUACCACAUAUAUAGGCAAAGCAACUGUUGAGAAAACAGAAAAUGAAACAAAAGUGGAUUUUGAUGGAGGAUUUUCGGUGUCUGUGUCAGCUGCACUGGGAGCAUUGUCAUUUAAAGUGUUAAUGAACGUUCAGCAUCAAAACAACACUGAAGGCCUGCUAGGUGUAUUUAAUGGUGAUCCAACUGAUGAUUUCUUAACUGCAAAUGGAACACAUCUACCUUAUGAUGGAAAAAACCUACCAAAUGAAUCACAGAUAUACUAUGAAUUUGGCGAGACAUGGAGAACUACACAAAAUAACAGUGUUUUCACAUACAACUCCAGCAAUGGGGAGUCAUGGUACACCUAUAAUAACCAAAGCUUUGUGCCUAAAUUUUAUGAGGACCUGAAAAGAACUUCAGAUCCAGCCAAAAUCCAAAAAGCAAAUGAGACAUGCAGUGGAAAUGAUGACUGCAUUUUUGACAUUUUAAGCACAGACGACUUUGCAUUUGGAGCAGCCACUUUGAAGAGUGUUACUAGUUUUAUACAGCAGAACAGCACCGUAUCAAAUUUUCCUCCAAAUAUAACAGGACCAUCUAAGAUUGAAGCAGUCGUAAACACAUUGGUAUCAGCUGUAUAUACUGCAGAUGAUCCAGAAAAUGACACAGUGGUCUUUUCAUUAAACAGUACUUCAGAUGACAUACAAAUAGCAGGAAAUGGAACAUUAGUCUGGUAUCCCAACAGUUCAGAUUCUAUUUUAGCGACCGUAAUAGUUAAAGAUUCUAAGGGGGCCCACUCUGAAUUAGCAUUGCAGCUGGUCCUAUGUAACUGCAGUAAUAAUGCCACGUGUGUCUUUAGCACAAGCAGUUUGGCAUCCGGUGACAAUACGAACUCAAAUGCAACAUUCACGAUUGCUGCAUGUAACUGCUCUGAAGCUUACACUGGACAGUACUGCACAGAUGAUUAUGACGCAUGCCUAGAAAAUCAAUGCUAUCUCAAUAAUACUUGUCGAGAUAAUAAGGCACCACAAACAGGAUACACCUGUGGUCCCUGCCCAACAGGGUUAUCUGGAGAUGGCACUAAAUGUCAUGAUAUUGAUGAGUGUCUAGAGAACAAAACACACUGUGAACAAAACUGUGUCAAUACUUUGGGAGGUUACAACUGUACCUGUGAUGAUGGUUACCAUAUUGACCCGAAUAACUCAUCUGCAUGUAAAGGUAAGACAUUUGUUUAUCUCAACAUGGCUAUGGCUUCAUUUCCAUUGUAA